CCGCUAAGCCGGCCAGCUCCGGGCGCCGGGGGCCGGCCGCGCGAGGCGGCCCGGGCCGGGCGGCAGCAUGCGGAGCGGCGAGGAGCUGGACGGCUUCGAGGGCGAGGCCUCGAGCACCUCCAUGAUUUCGGGCGCCAGCAGCCCGUACCAGCCCACCACCGAGCCGGUGAGCCAGCGCCGCGGGCUGGCCGGCCUGCGCUGCGACCCCGACUACCUGCGCGGAGCGCUCGGCUGUCUCAAGGUCGCCCAAGUGAUUUUGGCCCUGAUUGCUUUCAUCUGCAUAGAGACCAUCAUGGAGUGUUCUCCGUGUGAAGGCCUCUACUUCUUUGAGUUUGUGAGCUGUAGUGCAUUUGUGGUGACUGGAGUCUUGCUGAUUCUGUUCAGUCUGAACCUUCACAUGAGGAUCCCCCAGAUCAACUGGAACCUGACAGAUUUGGUCAACACUGGACUCAGCACUUUCUUUUUCUUUAUUGCUUCGAUUGUACUGGCUGCUUUAAACCACAAAACCGGAGCAGAAAUUGCUGCCGUGAUAUUUGGCUUCUUGGCAACCGCGGUAUAUGCAGUGAACACGUUCCUGGCGGUGCAGAAAUGGAGAGUCAGCAUCCACCAGCAGAGUGCCAGUGACUACAUCCGAGCCCGCACGGAGUCCAGAGACGUGGACGGUCGCCCUGAGAUCCAGCGCCUGGACACAUGAGCACCUGCCAUCCUCCUCCCUCUUGUCCCCGUGCCCAUCCUUUCAGACAAGUUUUCUUUCCCUCAUCAUGUCAGAUUUUCCCGUGAUUAAGUUGAAUUUUGUCCUCUUUGGUGAAAGUUCAUCCUGAGAAAGGGUUUUCAGAGCCCCCGCUGGCAGGUAUUUGAGGCAGGGAGCCGCCUCGCCCAGCUGUUCUGACCGAGGUGGGCGGCAGAGGCCUGCCGAUCGGUCCAGGGUUGGGUGGCCGUGGUUGCCGCCGACCUUACCGGCUGCCGCAUCUGCUUUCGGUCUUCGCUGUCCCCGAGCACAGGCUUCACAUCUGACUCCGAGCCACCCUGUCAUAUAUUUUUGUGACAGCUCAAGACUUUGGAUUAAUGGGGGCUGCUAGGAGGGGGUGGAAAUCAAGGAAUGAAGGUGUGGGGUUGGCAGCGAUCGCCGGGCAGCCCCCUCGCGAGCUCCGGGGCACCAUUUAGUCUUGCUGCCCAGAGCCUCCCCUGCUCCUCGUCUUCCACUCCUGGGGCGUCGACACACCCAGCACAGGCCCAGAAAGCCACGCGUGACGCUGAGGGUCUUGGUGAUGGGGGCGCUGGUGGAGCUCUUUGCCGGGCCCCCAGACUUUACGGGGAUGGGAAAAGCUGCUGCCCUCUUGGGGCCGUUCAGUGGGACUGCUGAAAUGCGGGAAGGUCACCUUUCGGUUCCCACCCUGCUGAGAACUCACUCAAUUAAUUCUUCCUGAAAUGCGUCACUUCCCUGAAUCCCAGAUUCUCCUCCGGGAACGUGGGGACCAUCUUGUUUUCCAGUUUCAGACCCACCCUUACUACUUGGAGGCUGAAUUGCAGGCUUCCUGCAAUUUUGCCUUCUCAGGUAAAAGCCACAAAAAAAAAAAAAAAAACACAAAAAACAAAACGAAACAAAACAUUCCACCAACCAGAAUGCCGGCACCUUUGCUGGCUUCAUGGACCACAGGUGGGGACACACCUGUUUUAGGGAUGUGUGCGAAUUUUUAAAUGCCUGAGGACAGUUCUAAAGUGAUUCUGGGUAGGUUUGUCUAGGAUUUGAAAAUACUUGAAUUUCCAGCACGACACACCCUUUCACUGAUGUUCCAGAAGGCACGGGUUGUGGCUUUUGUGCCUCAGGGUCAUGACUAUGAACAUCGACCUCAGAAGUUGCUGGGGAAAAUUCUAGUUAUGUAAGGUUUUGGAUGGAUUCUUGAUAAAGUGAAGAUGAUUGUAGUGAAUGUGUUACAUGAACCCCUUUGAGGCUGUAGGUUUUUUUGUUUGUUUUUGGUUUUGUUUUUUUUCUCGUCGGGAAACUAUAAUUGUAUCUUUCAUGGAAAAAUUGCCCGUAACUUGUUGGGUUUUCACUCUCUGAGCUGUUUUGAAUGUUUACAAACCUCCGUGUCCCCCUACUAUUCUGUGUCUGGCUGUCACCAGGGAGGAAACCCGCCCUGCCCCGGUGGGGAUGGGGGUGGGGGGCGGCAGCGGGUUUGCAGCCCGUGGAGGAUCCCCAGGAUCUUGUCUAGUAGUGAAUGACUGCAGCUUUCGCCGCGUGCUGCGUGGGGAGAGAGCGAACACGAGUGUGUGCUCGGAGGUGGGGAGCAGAGCAGGCACGAGAGGGUGUCAUCCGUGCAUCCGUGGCAUCGCACGCCUCGCAGAAGAGCAGCGUCUCAUUUCCCAGCGCAGGGACCACUGCUAGGCAGGAGGUUCUACGGGAAACGGUACCUUCCACGUCUGAAGGGUCGGGGCUAGGGGUCAGCCGCCUGAACCGACCGUCCGGAACUGGCCGAAUUCUGCUGCGGUUCCUUGUCCACGUCAGGGGCAGUGGGCUGUCGGUGCAGACCCCGCUGGCCCGGUGGUCACGCACCUCCCCUGCGCCCACACGGGUCCGAUCGAGCCCCCUUCCCACGCGUGUUGUGAGGCGGCACCAGUCACGCCUCACAAACUUUGAACUUCUUAUGUGUAGUGACUUCUGAGGGGAUGAUGACAUCUGGAUUUUAUCUGUUCAUUUGUAUGUAUUUAUUUUGCAUUUGUCGACUGUGUCUGCCUAGUCUGAAACGGGCUUCUCUCCCUCUGAGAUUUCCACUUAGAAACAGGGCCACAAAGACCCAGCCUCGCAUUGAGUGGGGCCCACGUGGAAGGACCACCCUGAGCUUUAUCGGGAAUCUGCUGGGAGUCAUGUUACUUGGCCUCAGUAAAAAGCCGCCUUUGAAGUGAGAUCAAGAAAAAGAAUACCACUCGGGCAGGAUUGUUGCCCGAGUUUUUCCAAGUGGCUGCAAUAAAAGCAGUUUAUCACCUGGUGGAAAAGGGCCUGUUGGCCUCCCGAGGAUGUGUUGAAAGCUGCAAGUAGUGGUUCUGAAGCCAUUGCAAUUGUAAAUGCUUAUAGGUGAUAAAAAGUGACGAUCCCUUGUGCCACCGAGGGACGUAGUGGUCACUUUGCAUCUUAGUGUUAGAAUCUUCGGAAUUAUUUAUGUCCCUGUAACUAUUUAAUAUCCUUUGUGCCAUGAGGCUCCCCCAUGGUUUCUGUAAAUAUAUUUCUUUGUAUUUAAUUAGCUCCCACCACAGCCAGAAGCAGCCAGCUCUCUUAUUGGUGUGGCGCAGAGCCCGGGAGCAGACCUCCUCGCGCGGCAGCGCGGCGGGGGCAGUUCUGAGAGGAGAGUGUGGUUGUCUAGGGCGAAUGUGACGACACUUGUUUUUCUUAUGUUGCCUCUGUGUGCAAACAGGACAAUCUAGAUUUAGGGGGCACUUAGCAGGACUUUAGUUUUGUUUUUGCAAAUUGAAGGAAGCCUAUUUGUGCAUGUAAUGGUUCCAAUGUGGACCACAUCCAUUUGGUUUGGGGUAUUUUAAGGCUGAGGCAAUCUCAGUGUUUCUCAAUUUUCUGGUAGGAGGAUGCCGGCUUUCGUAGUUUGUGCCAAACUUGAUGGGAACUGCAGUUGCUGUGUAGAUUGGACUUGGUGCCUGGAGACCGUGUGGUGGCGACCUUCCAGCCUCCGGUGGAACCCCUGGUGCUUUUAGAUAGAUGCGCACCGACGUCUUCAGAGAAAGUUGAUCUUGGCACUGAUUUUGGUUGAUGUGGUAUUUUCUCCUUCGGAUUCUCCUGUAUGUUUCUCUACAGGGUUGAAGGCGUGGAGGGAGGGAGAGGUCUUUUUCUUUUCAUACAGAAAGAUUACAGUCAUGGAGGCCGAAAGUCGCUCGUUGGUCCCAUAUAAAGCCAGGGAAGGACAAAGGUAGUCACAGAUUAAAACCUUCUAGGACAAGUUUGAUUCAAAGUAUUUUAUUUUAGAUUUUUACUCUGUGCAGAAACACUCAUCCCAGAGAGGUUACCUUUGCCCACAAAAAGGCAAGGAUGUAGUGGCCUGUCCAGUCCCGGUCUCGGCGGCUGGAACUGAAAAGCCAGCGGGGACAGAGCCUGGCUGGUCACAUGGGAGCCAGCGGGACCCACCAGCUCCUCUGAGGGCUUGACUCGGGGGCGGACCACAGCCCCGGCUCUCAGGGCACCACGACUGUCCCCUGGCAGGGAGGCGCACGCCUGUGGGUAGGCAUGAAGUGUAUCCGACGUGUUAGAUGGUGAGAGCUUUUGACUCCAUUGAAAACAUGUCUACUCUUUUAAAAAGUUUGCCACUUCCUCUGCCUUUCUUUGAUGGUUUCUUAGCGAUUCAGACUUGGGUUCAGCCACAGGCGGUCUCUUGAGGCGAGGAGGCACUCUUUUGUCUGCACGUGUGUAUGGAUUCUUGCUUGCAACGAACGAGCCUGGAAUCAGGCCUCCGUGUAUUAUGUCCUGUGUGCGGUCCAGGCUCACCUCGUCGUGCAGACAAUCUUGUGCUGUUUGGAAGAAACUCCUCACCUCUCCAAGUGUCUAAGAGGUGGCCCAAGUUCUAAUCUCUGGCUGUGCAAGAUUUUCUGUGAGUUCUCAGAACCAGCCCUAACGUAAGUAGUGUGUGGAGGCGAUGUGUGGCCAAUUUAGUGAUUCUGGAAGGCAGUGAUGACUUCAGUGGUUCCCACUGUGCCAUCCGUGUUCAAAACCAGGCAACCGGGAAGUCAUCCUGCUACUUCCCGACUGUCAUUUUCUCCACAUCUUGUUUACAGGAAAAUAAGGACAGUAAACAGGUAAGGGCAAAAAGCACUUUCUAGGUAAAGGCUACUGCCAAUUGCUUCUCUCUAGGAAAAUAAAAAGUUGUUCUCUGCCCCAAGGGACUGUCAUUAGCUUUUGAGGUCCCCAGAUACCUUUUUGGUUCCUAGUGAACUUUGCAGAACCCAGGACUUCUGUCUGCCUCAAAUUUUUCUUACCUUAUCAGCACCCACUCUCAGGACCAGCUGGGCAACAGACUGGAGAGUGGAGCAGGGGCAAGAAUGGGAGGUGAUAGGAGAGAGGGGCCCAGCACACCCAGACUGCGUGCCUCCGGGGAACUGGCCAUCACCCUGCAUGUGGUCACCGACCCAGGCCAGUUUGAAAAAAUGUGCUUGGUUAACUACCUUCCUUUUCUCUUGUCUUUGGAAAAGUGAGGGCUGAGGUUUGCAUUCAGCCUGAGAGCCAAAGCUGGAUGUUGGGACCAGUAUGCCUUGGAGCUCUGGACAGGGGACUCAGAUUCUGGUUUGGGUCCACCUUAGAGAGGACGCAGACCUAACACAGGCCUCCUUGAGCUUUGUCACCUUUCCUGGCUUUUUAUAAAAUCUCGUGUUUCCUCCUCUCUCAGCAGAUAUUAUUGAGAUCAUAAGAACUGUGUGGUUGAAAGGUUAUUUGAAACAUUUGACCCUGUCCAUUGCUUUUAUUUAGAAACUGUCCCUGAUAGAAAAUACCCUUAAUCUCUGUUAGAUCUAGAAGAAUUUUCUUCUGAAAAUGAAUGUUCCGUUUGACUUUCCUUCACACCAGUAAGUGGCAUUAGUGGCAUUUAUACACUCUUAGGCUUGAAACAGAGGAAUGGGGCCGAUGUGUUCUUCCUUCUUUGGUCUAGAUUAUAUUUCUGUCCCAUUUCGGUGCAAUUUCUGAACCUUGGGGAUUUUUUUUCCCUCUCUGGUUUUUCUUAUCCCAUAAAUGUAACAAUAAAGAAAAAAGUUACCUACAAGCCCACUGAGGUUGAAGCAACGGCAACUUGCCUAAAAUAAAGUUUAGCUUAUGGAUCCUUGAAUAGUGCAUCUUGUUCCUAGGGUCAGUUUGUUGUCCGCAUUUUCAUGCCAAGACUUUAAUUAGGGUGACCUGCUUGCUCAUCUAGACACCUUGGAGUGGCAGGUUUUCCUUGGGAUGCAUUGUACGCAGAGGCCAGAGAGCCUUCAUUAAGGAGUUAAUAGCCUGGACUCGAGUGGGCUGUCAGAACCUUUCUGGUUCCAAUUUCCAGUAGGAACUGGUCUCAAAUGACCUUAAUCAGCUUUGUUGACGGGAUCAGGGUGAGGUGAGGUUUCUUUUCAUAAUUGUGCCUCAGACCAGAGAAGGUAGGGCACAGUUGAUUCGGGUACUGGUUUGUAUGGGACUCAGUCCAAAACUGUCACAUCGGAGUUGUCUCUGGAGAACGCCGCUGAACCCCAGUAGAAAGCAUUUCCUGUUACCAGGAAAUGAGGACAGUGUGGGGACCCGGUUGGUGCCUGGAUCAAGCAGGGCCAGGUCUAACUGAUGCCUGCCUCCUUCAGGGGGCCAUUUUGCUUUCCUGCCUUUUCCAGAAUUGACUUCACAAGUUUCCCUUUCUGCAGAAGUGAAGGAGGCAAAGAAUCAGAGCUUGAAGGGAGAAUUGGCUGGUCCAAAGGCUGGGGGAAGGCUGGCUCGUGGGGAAGGACGAGGGCAGGAGGCCCAGGUGGACCCCCAAGCUGGCCUAGACCUGCACGGGGGCUGACUGCUUCCAGCUCCUUCACUCUGUAACCCGUUUAAAAAUGAGUUUUCAGAUCCUGCCUCAUGAUGAAACUGACAUAUGUGGAUAAAACCAAUGCUUUUGUUAACUUGAUUUUGAUGUGGUUCCCUCUAAGAGAAUGUAGGGAUCGAAACUAUUUGUAUAUGUUGAAAUCUGUAGGGGUUCGGGAACCCGUGGCAAAAACACUUAACUAUUUAUUACAGGUAUGACUGUAUUUUUUUUCCCCCGAAGUAGGUAAUUCUGUCUUUGUAUAUUUUAAGACAAAUAAUAAUCACUUCACCUUCGGUGCCUUCUGUGUGUCAGUCACAUAAACACUUGUCAAUCAUGGAACUGAAAAAAAGAUGUACAUUUAGUUAAACCAGAUGACACUAUUUUUGUAGCAUGAUGUUAGAUCGUGUCCUUUUAAUAUUGCUUUUAGCAAUGAUGGCUUUGAGGUUUAGCCAUUAUCCCUUUAAACUUCGUUAUGUAUUUUAAAAAAGAGAAAAAACCACACCCACCUUGGCUCUUCCUGUCUCCUCUCUGCUGCUUUCUCCCCAAUGACUUGUUUCUGCUUAUUUCAACAGUCUGAGAGUAAGCGUAUAUUUCUGUGAAAUAAUUAAUCAGUAUAACUGCAUUUGGCAUUUUUAAACCACUUGUUCAGUUAGGGAGAGCCACUGCUCGCCUCAAACGGUAAGAGGAAAGUGGUUCUGUAGAAAGGAAAAGCAUGGAACAUCUGUGGCGCUCUGAUUUUCCCCUUUAGGUCUGACACAGUGAAGAUCUCCCUUGCUGGCGGGCUGGUGAAGCAGAGGACCAGCUCGGGCCCACCUCCAGCCCUGCCUGGGAGAGAGGGGCUGCCCAAAGGGCCUCCACUGACUUUGGUUUGUGGACUCCCCGGGGUGGGCUCAGUGGCCCUUUCUGGUUUUGCGCUUGGACAAAAUAGACUCCCUGCUAUGAGGAGCUUGCUGACAUUAGAUAACGCUCUAGCUGCUCUGUUGGCUUUCCCACCCCUCCCAUAUCUAUAGGACGCGAGUUCUGUGUGGUGAAGAAAAUUAUUUGAGUAAACUAGCUGAACCACUGCAAAAUGAAGGAAUGGAUUUACUCAAAUUGUAGCUUCUUUUUUGUCCUUUGGAAGGGCCAGAAGAUGUCAUUAUUUUAACAAAGGAAAUGAAAUCAGAUGGCUAAUAGCUCCAAUAUGAUUAUUCAUUGGUACUUGGCCGGGUGGCACUUUUGGGGGGCAAUGUUAACUUAGUAACGAUUACAUUUUGCUUCUUAGAAGUUUUUUUCCUUUAAUCGUUUAGGCACAGCUGUGGGGCAUUCUGAGGUGAUGCCCAUUUGGCAAACAUUGGUUUAUGCUGUUGGUGGGUUUCCUGGCUUCUCAAACCCUGGCUUGUAGGUUUGACUCUAUCCAUUUGGAGUGGUGUUGGGGCCCCAAAGCCUUUGCUCCUGUGGGUUUGUCCCCGACAGCAGACAGAGCCUCACGUUGCCCUCAGUUUUGCCCCUUUAUUUCUUUUGAAGGACCUAUUUUUCAUGGUACUCGUCCUGAUUGUUUUCAUAGUGUUCAAAUCUGUAUUUUUGUAUGUAGAGGGAAAUAAUUUUCUCAGCACUAAUCGUUAAUAAAUAUUGUAUUAAAUUGUCACGAAGGAGUUCUUGUUUAAUAAAUGGACAUGUAAAAAUGGCAUUGUCUCCUGGCUCCGACUUCCCUCCCGUCCCUUCAAAGGCCGCGGACCUAGUUCCCGAAACAAGCUUGUGAGGUGGUGGCUGAACACAGCCCGCCUCCGUGGCAUGGGUGUUGACAGGCAGCCUGGCUGGCUGAGCUGGGCAGGCAAGGUCCCACCGUGUACCCCUCUCGGUUUC